AUGAUUUUUCUGUCUGCCUCUACUCAGACACCAGAGGAGCACAGUACUGGUGUCCUGGGCCGGAUCGGGAGCUGGUUCUCACCCUGGAGAGGAAGAGGAAGCCCCAGGAGUCCCAGUGACUAUGCUUCCCUGCCCCUGACGGGUGACCAAGGCCCCAGGCCAGAAGGAGAGGGGGCCCAGGAAGACCCUGUGAGGGGAGAAGAGGAGCAGCAGGAGGAGGGACAGAAUUCCCAGCCUGCCAAGUGGCAUCUCUCCAGGGAUUUUGAGGAGACGGACGCCAGAGCGUCUACCCACAGGGACAGGCCCCUCUCUGCAGCCAGCAGCCACAGUGAGCUGGAAGAAGAAGGAGAAGGAGGAGGUCCUAGGGAGGAGGAGGAGUGGUGGAGUGCCUCGCAGGGAGAGGAGGAGGGAAGCAGUGGAGCGAGCAGGAAUCCUGCCCCGGAGAGGAAUGCCAGUCAUCUGACAUGUGUGUUUAUAUCCGCCCCUGAAGAGGGAGGAGCCUGGGAGGACUCUGACCGGCAGGAACACACCCAAGCUCACACACACACCCAGGCCCAGCCCCAAGCCCAAGUCCAGGCAGGCAAGCAGUUGCAUGUGUACCUGGAGAAGACGAGCGUCAGCCAGAGUGGAACGUACACCUACACAAAGCAGGAAGUGCUCCUUACUACCACCACCAGGGUGAAGAAAAGCGUCCAAGUGGUUCCCAGAGCGAAGUCAUCCAAGAGUGCUGAUUUGUCAGCAGAGAACACCAAUACAGAGGAGAGGUCCGAGCAGCGCAAAGACAGAACCUGUCUCAAAGCUGCUAUCGGGGUAAAAGGUCAUAGCAAUUACAGUGCCCUGGUAGGAGUGUCACUGAAGUCGCACACAGAGACACAGAGGGCUAUUUCUGAGCUCUCGGGUGAGAAAGAGUCCGACACAGACAAAGAUACAGACACAGACACAGACAUAGACAUAGACAGAGACACAGACACGAUGGGGCGUAAGAACUCAGCAAGGAGGCGGUCCAGGAAGAGCUCCUCCGAAGACAGAGGAGGAGCCAGUUCUCAGGAGAACACACCCACCAAACCCCAGACUGCAGCCGAGAAAUCACCUACAUCCUCAGAUAAUAACACACCUACACCUGGAGACGCCACCCCCUCCUCCUCGAAAGACAAACAUGCCUCAGUGAUCUCACCUGAGACAGGUAAGCAGGGGUCAACCACCUCCAGUGGCGUUACAAUGGAAACAAGGAAGGGAGUAGAAGAAGCCCAGGAGGACCAAGACACACCUGUACAUGCCAUCUUAGCGGCUGGGGAAGGGGACAUGGACAUACACAUGCUCAAAAACACUAGCCAGUGCCGGCUGGAGAGGCGCACAGAGAGCGCAGAGUCCAAACGGCUGAGCAUAAAGGUAUCACACAGUGAGGUGAAGUUUUUUGCGAAGAAAGUGAUGGUGAACCCAGAGAAGGAUACAGAGGAUAAGGAUACGGAUAAGGGAAAGGUGAAGCCCGAGGUGAAAAAGAGGUGAGUUGUUCGUUUUUACAUGUAGGUUGAUUACUAGAUUGCUGUAUUGUUAGAUAACCUACUUCCUGACUUCUCUGUUUAUGAAUCACAUAUGUCAUUUAAAUAAUUGCAAAGACCUCUGUUUAUAGUGAAAAAGAGAGAAUGAUAUUGUACAGUGCCUUGCAAAAGUAUUCAUUCCCCUUGCCGUUUUCCUAUUUUGUUGCAUUACAACCUGUAAUUUAAAUGGAUUUUUAUUUGGAUUUCAAGUAAUGGACAUACACAAAAUAGUCCAAAUUGGUGAAGUGAAAUGAAAAAAAUAACUUAUUUCAAAAAAUUCUAAAAGAUAAAUAACGUAAAAGUGAUGCGUGCAUAUGUAUUCACCUCCUUUGCUAUGAAGCCCCUAAAUAAGAUCUGGUGCAACCAAUUACCUUCAGAAGUCACAUCAUUAGUUAAAUAAAGUUCACCUGUGUGCAAUCUAAGUGUCACAUGAUCUGUCACAUGAUCUCAGUAUAUAUAUAUACACCUGUUCUGAAAGGCCCCAGAGUCUGCAACACUACUAAGCAAGGGGCACCACCAAGCAAGCGGCAUCAUGAAGACCAAGGAGCUCUCCAAACAGAUCAGGGACAAAGUUGUGGAGAAGUACAAAUCGGGGUUGGGUUCUAAAAAAUUAUACGACACUUUAAACAUCCCACGGAGCAAGAUUAAAUCCAUUAUAAAAAAAUUUAAGAAUAUGGCACCACCACAAACCUGCCAAGAGAGGGCCGCCCACCAAAACUCACGGACCAGGCAAGGAGGGCAUUAAUCAGAGAGGCAACAAAGAGACCAAAGAUAACCUUGAAGGAGCUGCAAAGCUCCACAGCGGAGAUUGGAGUAUCUGUCCUAGGACCACUAUAAGCCGUACACUCCACAGAGCUGGGCUUUACGGAAGAGUGGCCAGAAAAAAGCCAUUGCUUAAAGAAAAAAAUAAGCAAACACUUUUGGUGUUCACCAAAAGGCAUGUGGGAGACUCCCCAAACAUAUGGAAGAAGGUACUCUGGUCAGAUGAGACUAAAAUUGAGCUUUCUGGCCAUCAAGGAAAACGCUAUGUCUGGCGCAAACCCAACACCUCUCAUCACCCGAGAACACCAUCCCCACAGUGAAGCAUGGUGGUGGCAGCAUCAUGCUGUGGGGAUGUUUUUCAUCGGCAGGGACUGGGAAACUGGUCAGAAUUGAAGGAAUGAUGGAUGGCGCUAAAUACAGGGAAAUUCUUGAGGGAAACCUGUUUCAGUCUUCCAGAGAUUUGAGACUGGGACAGAGGUUCACCUCCCAGCAGGAAAAGUAUCCUAAGCAUACUGCUAAAGCAACACUCGAGGGGUUUAAGGGGAAACAUUUAAAUGUCUUGGAAUGGCCUAGUCAAAGCCCAGACCUCAAUCCAAUUGAGAAUCUGUGGUAUGACUUAAAGAUUGCUGUACACCAGCGGAACCCAUCCAACUUGAAGGAGCUGGAGCAGAUUUUCCUUGAAGAAUGGGCAAAAAUCCCAGUGGCUAGAUGUGCCAAGCUUAUAGAGACAUACCCCAAGAGAUUUCAAAUCAAAUCAAUUUUUAUUUGCCACAUGCGCCGAAUACAACAGGUGUAGACAUUACCGUGAAAUGCUUACUUACAGCCCUUAACCAACAAUGCAUUUAUUUCUUAAUAAAAAAGUAAAAUAAAACAACAAAAAAGUGUUGAGAAAAAAAGAGUGAAGUAAAAUAAAAUAACAAUAGGGAGGCUAUAUACAGGGGGGUAACGAUGCAGAGUCAAUGUGCGGGGGACCGGCUAGUUGAGGUAGUUGAGGUAAUAUGUACAUGUGGGUAGAGUUAAAGUGACUAUGCAUAAAUCAUUAACAGAGUAGCAGCAGCGUAAAAAGAUGGGGUGGGUGUGCAAAUAGUCCGGGUAGCCAUGAUUAGCAGUUCAGGAGUCUUAUGGCUUGGGGGUAGAAGCUGCUGAGAAGCCUUUUGGACCUAGACUUGGCGCUCCAGUACCGCUUGCCGUGCGGUAGCAGAGAGAACAGUCUAUGACUAGGGUGGCUGGAGUCUUUGACAAUUUUGAGGGCCUUCCUCUGACACCACCUGAUAUAGAGGUCCUGGAUGGCAGGAAGCUUGGCCCCAGUGAUGUACUGGGCCGUACGCACUACCCUCUGUAGUGCCUUGCGGUCGGAGGCCGAGCAGUUGCCAUACCAGGCGGUGAUGAAACCAGUCAGGAUGCUCUCGAUGGUGCAGCUGUAUAACCUUUUGAGGACCCAUGCCAAAUAUUUUCAGUCUCCUGAUGGGGAAUAUGCUUUGUCGUGCCCUCUUCAUGACUGUCUUGGUGUGUUUGGACCAGCUGUAAUUGCUGCAAAAAUUGGCUCUACAAAAUAUUGACUUCGGGGGGGUGAAUUGUUAUGCACACUCAAGUUUUCUGUUUUCUUGUCUUAUUUAUUGUUUGUUUCACAAUAAAAAAUAUUUUGCAUCUUCAAAGAGGUAUGUAUAUUGUGUAAAUCAAAUGAUACAAACCCCCCAAUUUUGUUUUUCAAAUCCAGGUUGUAAGGCAACAAAAUAGGAAAAAUGCCAAGGGGGGUGAUUACUUUUGCAAGCCACUGUAUCUGUAAAGGGAAAACUAUCUGUAAAUCAAAAUACCUCCUACGUUUGUUGCCAUUUUAACUCCAAUCUCCAUUUAGCUGAUGUACAAGAUUAAAGUAUUGUCAAAACACUAAAUCCAUUGAGAUAUUGUUACUGUUGUGUGUGAAAUAAAGCAAAUACAGUGCAUUUACAGCUAGAUACAUUGAAUAUCAAGGUUUGCGUUCACAUUGAAAAUAUAUUCCAACAUGCUUCUUUGUUUUCAUUGUUCACAGACCACCUGAUCUGAAGAAAGUGGACGAGGAACCCAAGACCACUCAGCCUAUCGUGCGGAUCGCAGAUAGGAUCAGCCUGUUCGAGGGAAGAGCGACAGGGGUUGCCAGUCCCAGUAAGUCCAACCCCAGAAGUGCAGACGUCAUAGAGCGGCCAAGAACAGAUGUAAACAAAGAGCUCGGGUUGCCAGAUCAGCGGGCGAAAUUGGUGGAACGUGGCAACGCCAGUUCCAGCUCGACCCCCCCUGUUCCGGAGAAAUUAACGACGGUCCAGGAGUGGGCAAGGAAUUUUGCAGAGGCUCAAAACAUUGAGGAUAAAACAAAGCUGACUCACAAGUCCUCUGGUAUGGCUGGAAUGUCCCAAAAUGCUACCGCUUCUCCCACUUAUGCUGUGUCAAAGACAACUAAACAGGACAUUCAGGGAAAACUGGCCAGCGCAGAAAAGACUCCUAAUCGGACCUCCCCGAAGAAAGAGAUAACAUCAAAACCAGCAGAGCCAGAUACCACCACAGUAUCCGUCAUACCAGUUCCUAAAGCAGAUCAGACAGACUCUAAACCAAAGGACAAAGAGGCUACUAAAACAGUGGCGCUACUAAACAGACCUACCAAUAUUGAACUAAAUUAUUUAAGCCAGCUGACCCCUCAGGUGGACUCAACCAAUAACGUCAGCCUCCAGCCCAAAGUCCACAGCAAACAAAACUCCAGGUCCAAGAGACAGAAAAGCAAAGGAGGGGAGGCAGCCAAUCCCCUGAGGCCGAGCAUCGACAUCAAACAGGAAGUGUCAAACACUGAACAGGAAGUGGUCAACAGCAAACAGGAAGAGGCAGGCACCACAAAGAAAAUGUCCACUGCCUCUGAGCAGGAAAUUAAGACAGUCACAUCGCCACAAUCUAGACAAUCUGUAGGUGUUAAGUCAGAUGUUGAAAAACAAUCUGUCAGUCAAAACAGCCAGCAAACAGACAGUAAAACUGAAGGUAAACAAGAAGAGACAGGCACAAAAAAUAAAAUGUCUGCUGCAUCUGAGCAGGAAGUGAAGAUAGUCACAUCGCCACAAUCUAGUCAAUCUGUAGAUGUUAAAUUAGAUUUAAAAAAAGAGUCAGUUAGAGAAAACAGCCAUCAAGCAGUCAGUAAAAAGCCAGCGACCUCAAACGAGUUGAUAGUGUCAUUGUCAGUUGAAAAAGGCGAUUCUAACAAACUGUUAAAGGAAAAGACAGAAUCACUCACACCUCCAAAUGUCAACAAAGACAAUAAAAUGGCUACCUCUGAUCCUAUCAGUGUAAGAAAAGAGCCCAAUAUUAAAACUGUAGACAUUCUACCCUCACAGAGUUCUAAGGGAGAGAAGGCAGAGGGGGGAAGCUCUGGGGAGACCUCUACGGUUAAGACAAAUCAAAAUGUUCCCAAGGAAAAUAACAAAACCUCUCUGCCCUCACAUUUGCCUAAGAAAGAACAGCCUCCUGUUCCAUACCCCACUCCUGUGGAGCAAGGCUCACCUGUCCCACACACUCAAGUCGACAACAAACCAAAGCAGCCUGAAAAGAAAGCAGCAGAAAUGGCAAAGCAGCUUAAUAAAAAGACAGAUACAAAGACAGAUUUGCCUUCAGGCACUAGACAUGACACCCCGGAGACAGCCGCUAGCAAUGUUAAGAGCAAAGAGGACACAAAGCUCAUUACAGAGCUAGUCACAUCCAAAUCAGUGUUGAAACAGACAGAUCCAGCUGUCCAACCCUCUGUAACUCCUAUUAAACCUCCAGCCUCACUACAGGCUCCCACACAGCCCGUCAGCCAGACCUCUUUUCAGUCAGAUAAAACUGUCGGUAGUGUAGUCACCCAAAUUGAUAAGUCAGCAAAGGGAAAAGACAAUGAUAAAUGUGUAGUCGAGCCUCCUAAGGAAGGGUCAUCUACACAUGUGCCUGAGCAGAAAACUAAAUCUAACCAUCAGGACCCUGUAUUAAAAAAGCAGCAAACCAAGGCCUCAAAGCAACCACAGUCCGUAAAGUCAUCUGAGGCUAAAACAGAUAAACCUAGCAAUGACACACCGACACACGGAGUGAGCCUUACCCCAGAACUGACCCCCUCGAAGCCUAGUAUUACAGUGCCAGUAGCAGGGAAGGACCCCACUGUAAAAGCAGAAACCAAUGCUUCAAAACCUUCAUUGGGUUCUACCCAGAAGUUUUCGGACACCAAAGCCUCAGGACAGACAAGGGGUCAGAGGGAGAAAGAACCUCUGGUCCAAGUGAAGAGGCCUUUACCGGCACCAAACACAAAGAGCAGUGAGGGUCUAGGGCUGGAUGUUGGGAAGGAGAGCUCCACUGUAAAGACUAUAGCCCCAGAGGUAAAAAAAUCUGAGGAUGUGAAGGAGAGGAAAGCUCUGCCAAGCCAAUCACAGAGUGAGGACAGAGAAAAUACAGUGACAUUGCCCUAUGGAAAGUUGGCAGAGGGUAUAGGGGAGGCACCACAGCAAAAGUCAUCUACUACUACUACUGUGGUAGAAAGGUCAGCUGGUGACAAGCCAGAAAUUGUGGUAACAAAGCCUCCUCCUGUUGUGAAUGAUGAGAUCCGCCCGGUAACACAGCCCCAGACAGCCACUGAGAAAGCAACCUUUCCCCCCAGUCCAGACAAAGCUCAGAAGAUACCCUCUUCUACUGAAACCACUAAACAGAGCCUAGUCUAUCCCCAGCAUCCAUCCCUGAAUAAGCUUGCCUUACUGGGAGGCGGUGGCGGUGGCUUGUCCCCCCAACGGGACACACCUUCCAGCUGGCUAGAUGUGGACCAUCGCUUCCCCAAGCCGAAGCUCCUCCGCCCCCCCGAACCCAAGCUCAGCUCGUCGGUCAGCGAGAGCGACCUCUUGGACAAUUCCGGAGAACUGGACUACGACGACUUCAUCGAAAACAUCAAACGCCUUGGUGUGCCUUUCUCGUUGCCACCACGGAAGAACCACCACCACCAUCAUCCCAAGCCACCCUUCACUAUGCCAGCCAUACGGGAGGACCGCUUUGAGAAGCCCUUUGACCCUGACGAGUUCCAGUUCAGCCUGAGGAGGAAGAGGGAGUUCUGUGUGGAGACGAGCCAGAGUCUUCUGGCUAGUCUCCAGAGAAGUGAGGUCAAAGGGGAGCUAAAGCCGGCCAGGGCCAGCAUCAUGCUCAAGAGCCUUGACACCCAUUCCAGGCUCCUCUUGGAGAGGGAGAAGACCACCAUGGCAGAGGGCGAGGAGGAGGAGAAGAAAGAGGAGCAGGGGAAGGUGGUGAAACCUCUUAUGUCACGCUUGGAGGGGAGCUGUAUUCUCAGUACCCUGAUCAGCUCCUCCACCCGGGGCAAGAGGCCCGGAGCCCAACCCCAGAAGGACAUCACUCCAGGUGGGGAGAUGUCGCCCACAGAGGCCCCUCACCUCCAACCCAGCCUUUCACCAGUCACUAAGCCACCCCAGACUACCCCCACUUCCUCUGGGGAGGCUACCAUCCAGAGUCCUCCUAACCUGGGGAACAGACCCACUACCCAUGCUGCUGUGGUCAGUGAUUCAGGUCCUCCUCUCCCCUCCUUUUCUCCACUCCCCUCCUUUAAUGACAUCAAGCUGCCGGAUUAUUUAGAGAAGUACCUUUCUCCCCGGGAGCCUGCUGCAAGAUUAGAGAUGAGCAUAGGGCAGGAAUCGCUCAACUCUGAGGUCAGUUUUCUACACAACUCUCAAUUCUAUUGA